GUCAGUCCUCGGGGAGCGACAACACCAGCAGCGGCACGUCCGUGGUCAGCCAGAUGCCCGGAGGCACCGUCUCCAUGCAGUGCAACUUCCACCCGGGCGGCACCGUCCUAUGGUACAAACAAGAGAGCGACGGCAAGAUGGAGUUUGCUCGGGACGCGCAGCUGAUCGUCAGCGACAACCGGUACCAGAUCCGUUCUGAGAACGGGGCCUACGUCCUCACGAUAAAUCCCACCCGGGAGGAAGACUCGGGCCAGUUCAUGUGCCACAGUAGCGAUAUGCGUGGCAUGAUCUAUGAGCACACGUUCCUGGUCAGUAUGUCUUAGAAUGAUCUAUAUGUUCAUACAAAUGCACGUUAAAGUGCCAGAGGUAUGUUCAGUAUGCAGUAAUAUAAAUAUAUACCUCAUGAUAC